AUGUUCUACUCAGAAACCCUUCUGCAGAAGUCCGGGCCUUUGGCCCGGGUCUGGCUCUCUGCCAACCUGGAGCGCAAGCUCUCCAAGAAUCACAUUUUGCAGUCGAACGUCACGGACAGCGUCGAGGCUAUCAUUACGCCAAACCAGGCGCCGAUGGCUCUCCGUCUUUCUGGGCAGCUCUUGCUCGGUGUCGUCAGAAUUUACCAGCGCAAGACGCGUUACCUGCUUGACGACUGCAAUGAGGCCAUGAUGAAGAUCAAAAUGGCAUUUCGUUCUAGUGGAAACAACGACCUUGCAUCCAAUCUCCAAGUCUCCAAUCGCGAGUCCUUGCUGCUGCCGGAUCGCAUCACUCCAUAUGACAACCUCGAUCUCCCUCCGCCCCCAGAUGCCUCAUGGCUCUUGUCGCAAGUCGACGAAAUCACUGCUACUCCUGUCGGUCGCAAGGGCCGGACAAGCAACCGGGACAUCAAUCUCCAAGAAGACUUUGACAACAGUCAAUUCCUAAAAGGUCCGGGCGCUCUCGACGACGACUUAAUGCCCACGAUGGACGAUUUGGAUCUGGAUCUAGACUUUGGUGACCUCGAGGGCGGCGUCAGUAACAUGGAAAUUGGUCGAGACGCGCCGGCUGCCCGGGACGUUGAGGACGACCUCUUGAGCGAAAUUGAGAUUGGAGUCGGCAAAGCUACUGAUGGUCCAUCUACAUUCGACCCGGCCGCUGACAACAUCCAGAUCCUGGACGGCGAUGGCGACCUUACCAUGCCGGAUGGCGAUGAUUUUGGCUUUAACCCCGAGGACAUUUCCAACGUGCGCGAUCUCUCUGCGAUGCCACAGUCUCGUGCAAGAAUCUCAGAGUCGCCCCUGUCAGAUAUCGAUGAGCACUUUGCCAGAGAGGUGGCAGAACAGUACGCGCACAACACGGACAUGUAUGAGCCUGCCGACGAAACGGAAACCACGAUUGUCCGCCGUCCCGCCCAGCGUUCCAGAAGACAAAAGAUUUUGAUGCCUGACGACGAAAUUGCACUCUCCAGCAGUCUCAUUAAGCAGCAGCAAACCAACCGCGAAAACAUCAUCAAGCCUGCCCGAUAUGUUCCCCGAGACCCUGUUAUGCUCGCCCUUAUGGAUAUGCACAAGAAUGGCGGCUUCGUAUCGUCUAUCAUGAUGGACGGUCGGAGCACUGCUUGGGCGCCUGAGCUGCGCGGUAUGCUGACGCUGGACAUGCUACGCGACGACCUCAAGAGGAAGCGUGACAGUGGAAUUGCGGAUGUCGAUAGUGACCGAGGUGCUGCCAAAUCGCCACGUCUCGAAUUUGACGAAGACACCAACAUUGGACUCGGUGACAACUUUGGCGAUCGCAGCGUUGGCCCCGAUGGCACUGUUAUCCAGCUGGAGGAUGACGGCGGCUUUGAUAUGGGUGGCGACGCUGGUUUCCCCGACUUCAACGAUACAACCAUGCCUGUUGUGCAUCCUGAGGACAGCGGCCCUGUAUCCAUCGGCACUAAGCACGCCGUCCACAUUCUACGAGACCUGUUUGGGUCAGAAGCUGCCACUAGUGCUGAGAAGCGAACACAAUCCAUAGUUGUCUUCCAGGACCUCCUGCCGGAGAAGCGCACAACCAAGGCUGAGGCAACAAAGAUGUUCUUUGAGUGUCUCGUCUUGGCCACCAAAGACGCCAUCAAGGUCGAGCAAGGUCCGGAGCUCGGGGAUAACAUCCGCGUGCGCGGCAAGCGCGGCCUUUGGGGCGAGUGGGCGGAGAGAGAGGCCGGCGGAGAGAUUGCGCACAACGACAACGAAUCAGCGCCUCUGGCUGCGCAGCCCGUCGCCGUCAGCGCGUAA